UAUGAAAAUAAAACCGGUUAUCAUUGCAAAUGCACAUUAAAUCAAUGCAAUCAACGUUGUAAAUAUGAAAUCAGCCGGUUUAUACGCAACUCACAUGCAUACACUGACUGAGAGAGCGCGAGAUAAUCGUUUCGGCGAUGGAAGACGAUCUUCAGUACCAGUUUGUAGCUCGGCAAGAUGCUUCCUCCCUGUUCCGUGAUAGUUGCAGCUCUCGGGCUUUUGUUGGUAACAGGAAGCGUAUUGAUACCUGGAGGCGAUAUUACUGCUCCCAAUAUACUGGAUGUAAUUCUACCCAACCGGAGAGAGUCGCUCACCGAUUGUUUCUUCCGGCACUUUAAGUAUGGCAAAAAUUCGAUCGUAAAACCUGCCAGUGGUCAACCAACUUACCUCAGGGAGUUUGCGCACAUGGCAGCGAUAGGAUGGACGCAGACCGGUGGCAGCAUUACGUGGAACUGUGGCGGGUCUUUAAUUUGGGAAAACUACAUUCUAACAGCAGCGCACUGUGCCGAGGACGCACAAAACAACAAACCGGAUGUGGCCCGUUUUGCUGACAUAAAUCUGUACAACGACACGGACGAUCAGUACGCACAGCAGAUAAGGAUCGUGGAGAUCAUCCGUCACCCGGAGCACAAGUUUCGGGCACGAUACCACGAUAUUGCUCUCAUGCGUCUAGAGCACGGUGUGAAAGUGCACGAUACUGUCGCUCCUGCCUGUCUGUGGACGGAUGAUGAGAUUCGCUUCAAAACUUUCGAAGCCACUGGCUGGGGUGACACUGGUUUCGGUGCUGAGAAAACACCAAAUCUGCUGAAAGUAUCGCUCGCUCCCGUGGACAAAGAGCGAUGCACUGAACAUUAUCUCAAUCUGCGUGGAUUAAGGGCUGGCUUGCAUGCGAAUCAGUUGUGUGCCGGUGAUGCACAAAUGGAUACAUGUCCGGGCGACUCUGGAGGACCGUUGCAGGUCAAGCUGCUCCACAACACUCGCAUAACGCCGUUUCUGGUCGGAGUAACGUCGUUCGGGACUGCGUGUGGUCUGUCAGUGCCGGGAGUUUAUACAAGAGUUGCUCCGUACGUACCUUGGAUUCGGACCGUGCUGAACGAUCGCGGAGAAAAUGCGACAGAGUGGAAGUUUCAGCCACAAGCAUGUGCCCUCCGUUAUGCAGAGUAUCGAGAAUACGAACCGAGAAUUUUAUUGCACAAAUCGAAUGUAGAGGAAUCGGUCGACUUGUCGGAAGCUCAUCUGUUCGACGAAGCAUCAAUGCAGCUAGUAUCUAUUCAUUGGAACGGGACAGAAGAGCAACAGGAGUGUUUCGGAGUGAUAAUAGACGAGAGUACUGUCGUUACUCUAGCCCGCUGUGCUAUGAAGAAUGGGACUCCUCCAUCCUAUAUAAGAUGUCUAGGCAAUGAGACAAACGUCGUUACUCAGUCCUACAAGCAUCCCAAUUGGACUGAAGGCUCACUUCAUGCAGAUGUUGGACUUCUUAAGCUGAAAGACCCGCUGCAGUUUUCCGAAUACUUCACGCCUGCAUGUAUUUGGGAACGAGAGGACCUACCUGAUUCCGAGUUUGAAGUAUCUGGUCGUGGUUUGUUGGAACUGAACACAAUUCACGUGCGUGAAAAAGAUUUGGAGACUUCCGCUUCUCUCAACCGUACCAUCGAUGUGCUUGGUGUGGUGAAGGUCCACAACGCUACCAAUUGUUCUCACAUCACAGAUUUAUCACCAGCGGAACAGUUUUGCUUCGGUGCAGAUCCAUUCCUAGUCCCAGGCACCUGUCAGCAAUCAGCCGGCGGGCCAAUACAGCGCGAAGUAAUGCGAUCUUCUCGCAGUCUCAUGUACGUGUUCGCGUUGAACCUUGAGGGUCGAGACUGUGGCUUUGGGGAGCCAGCUGUAGCUCUGCGGCUGGCGACUCAUAUGCCUUGGAUGGAAUCGGUACUUUUGCUGCAGACAGAUGAGGAAGAAGACAGACCGGCGCAGUUCAUAUUUUUAAACAACGAUUUGGAAGAGGGAGAUUCUUGCACGGUUGAUAGCAGAGUAUCCGGAGUUUGUACAAGUGCGAUCAACUGUCCCUGGAUGUUGCAUCGCUUCCGUCAGAAUCAACCGGUUCGCUUUUGCCAGAGUGGUUCAGUGCUGUGCUGUCCCAGAGAGCACAUCCGCAACGAAACGGAUGCGGAGUGGAGAGAGAUCGACGCUUGUGCGAGUGAACCGAUUGACGAGGAGGAAGGCUUCGAUCCAAACAGACAUAUAGCCAUCAUUGCUUGGACGGCAGGAGAGGAAGAGCAAGGUUGCAUCGGGACAAUGAUCACCAGCAGAACGUAUGUGACGGCAGCCAGCUGUCUGGAAGGUCCCGUUGAACCGAUGUACAUACGCGUGGAGCUUAGACAGCUACCAAUGGAGAUAUACAUGGUUGUGGAGAACAUUACAGUUCAUCCGGAGUAUGAUAGCGCUACGAAACGUCACAAUAUUGCAUUGGUAUCCACCAUUAACCGUACUGAGGAAUUUUUCGGCAAGGUACCGGUGUGUCUCUGGAGCAACGCAACGCAUACACCGUUCUACCUAGGGCAGGUGGGUUUGUCAGAUAAUAAUGAUCCAACCACAUCGACAGCCUAUACGAAAUUCAACACUGAUUGUGAGCAAUCGUUUGGAAGACCUCUUGCAUCUGAAGAGUUGUGCUUGAAUGUGGAAUAUCCAGAGGACGUGUUUGUGGUUGAUGAAGGUACACCGGCGUUCUGGACCCGUCCGGGCUCUACUCACUAUCUCGUCGGUAUUGCUAGCCACAGUGCGCCGAACGAUAGUAGUGUGUUUAUGCACACGCGAAUUGCACCGUAUGUGAGCUGGAUUAAAAGUGUUUUGUAAGAAAUUGUUUGGACUCCUUGGUUAAUGUACGAUGUCCAGGAGAAAUUGAAGAAGUUUUUGACCGGAAAAGAAUUUAGUAAAACAUUGUUUAUUGCAACUAUAAUGCGGAUAGCAAUGAGGAGUGAAAUUUGGAAAUAAAACUGAAGGACAUACCUUAUUUCUUGAUGUGGAUAGCUAUCGUCAUUGGAGAUUUAGGAGUCUCUUCAAUUCCAAUUUAUACGAACAUAAUAGGCUAUAUUAGACCUUAGGUCAUGGCUUGCUGGCUCACUAGACUUAAUGAAAGCACGUAGUUCGAUGAUCAGGCUUCAGUACAAAGGAAAGGCCCGGAUGAGAUUUGAACCCUAGUCUUGCCGUACGAAUACCAGCGUAGCUGUCCUUUCUAUCAUUGGGUCGCCCCUAAAGAGAUCCUUUAAUCAAUUAAAAAGUGUGUAGUCGAUGCUUAACCGAGAGAUAUCAGAGAUAUCAAUUUUCAAAAUAAAUCCCUCAAAACCUAUAUUUAUCACUACAGAGAAGUCUAAAACACAGGAAGGAUGCUCGGACGAAAAAGAAUGGAACAAGACACCAUCCACCACCAGAAAAGUUUUCACCAUAAUGUUUGGCCCUAAAAAAAAAAAUUCUCCAGCACAUCAUCAUAUCCAUUAAUUCAAACAUAAACGGUUGAUUUCCCUUUCGGUUGGACACGAUUUUACUAUGCUUAUGGACAAACUUUCGCUAACGCUUCACAUCUUCCUUUGUUGUCAAUCAGACGAAAAAAAAACACCCAAUUUCCAUAGUAGAUAAUAAAAACGAUCACGCCUAAUGUA